AUGCUCUCCACUCUGCGUGUCGCCAGCCGCUCGGCUGCUGCCCGCGAAGCUAACUUCGUCGUUCUCGGUGCCAGACAAGCCUCGGCCUGGUCCAAGGUCCCCCAGGGCCCUCCGGAUGCCAUCCUAGGUAUCACCGAAGCCUUCAAGGCCGACUCUUUCAAGGAGAAGAUCAACCUGGGUGUGACGACAAGGGCAAGCCCUACGUUCUUCUCCUCCGUCCGCGCCGCCGAGGACAAGGUCGUCGCCUCGCGCAGCGACAAGGAGUAUGCCGGCAUCACCGGUAUCCCUGCCUUCACCAACGCCGCUGCCGAGCUGGCCUACGGUACCGGCUCCGCCGUUAUCAAGAAUGACCGCCUCGUCAUCACCCAGACCAUCUCUGGUACCGGUGCUCUCCGUAUUGGCGGUGCUUUCCUCGAGCGCUUCUACCCUGGCGCGAAGAAGGUCUACCUGCCCAACCCUAGCUGGGCCAACCACAACGCCGUUUUCAAGGACUCCGGCCUCGAGGUCGCGAAGUACCGCUACUACAACAAGGACACCAUUGGUCUGGACUUCGAGGGCCUCAUCGAGGACAUCAAGGCUGCCCCCGAGGGCAGCAUCAUUCUGCUGCACGCCUGUGCUCACAACCCCACCGGUGUUGACCCCACCCAGGCCCAAUGGCGCCAGAUCAGCGAUGUCAUGAAGUCGAAGGGCCACUUUGCUUUCUUCGACAUGGCCUACCAGGGCUUUGCCAGUGGUAACGCUGACCAAGAUGCCUUUGCCCCCCGCCACUUCGUUGCUGAGGGCCACAACAUCGCUCUGUGCCAGAGUUUCGCUAAGAACAUGGGUCUCUACGGUGAGCGUGUCGGAGCCUUCUCCCUCGUUUGCGAGAACGCCGAGGAGAAGAAGCGCGUCGAGUCUCAGAUCAAGAUUCUCAUCCGCCCCUUCUACUCCAACCCUCCCAUCCACGGUGCCCGCGUCGCCUCCGCCAUCAUGAACGACCCCUCUCUGAAUGAGCAGUGGCUCGGUGAGGUCAAGGGCAUGGCCGACCGCAUCAUUGAGAUGCGUUCGCUCCUCCGCACCAACCUCGAGAAGCUCGGCAGCAAGCACGACUGGUCCCACAUCACCAGCCAGAUCGGCAUGUUCGCCUUCACUGGUCUGAAGCCCGAGCAGAUGGAUGUUCUGGCCAAGGAGCACUCCGUCUACGCUACCAAGGACGGCCGUAUCUCCGUCGCUGGUAUCACCACCGGCAACGUGCAGCGUCUGGCCGAGUCCAUCUUCAAGGUUACCGGUUAA